AGUGGCAGGACCAGCUGCAGAGUGAAACCCAGUAAGGCAGGCACUCGGUUGGGGGACCCAGACUUCAUUCCCCGAGCAGUGCUCUGUAACAGCACUCUCUCACACCGAGAGCAGAACACCAGAGAAACCACUGCCAAAACAGCCUGACAGCAACGCCCGGAUAACAACCCAACAUUGGCAUUGCCAUGCCUACCACCAGGCCUCGAUCCCGAUCCCCAGAGAGCAAUAGGCAGCCAUUACCAUCAGCGAAUCACUCGGUGCUCUGAGUGCCGGCCAUUGACCAACAGCUGCCAACUUAUUUCAGUAGACACUCUCUCACCUUUGGGCAAGCCAUGGGCGGGCGUCAUUCCCGCAGUUUCUCCAAAGAGGAGCUGAGCGAGGUGAGCACAAGCCACGGCCGGAGGAGCGCGAGCGUGAGGGACGACCACAACGGGAGCAACGGCGGAGGACUGUCCUCGGCCGCCGAGAGGUUCCGCAAGCAGACCACGGUGCGCUUCGGCUACUGCACCCUGAGCCUGGCCAUGCGGGGGCUGGACGACCCCCCCAUGGAGCUCUGGGAGCUGCGGGAGCUGGAGAAGCUCAACCUGUCCAUCAACUGCCUGCGGAGCCUGCCCCCCGCGCUGGGCGGCAUGGACAACCUGGUGGUGCUCAACCUGUGGGGCAACAACCUGGCCAGCCUGCCGCCCGAGAUCGGCCAGCUGAAGAAGCUGCGGGUGCUCUUCGCCUACCGCAACUGCCUGAGCGAGGUGCCGGAGGAGCUGGGCUCCUGCAGCAGCCUGGAAGUGCUCAGCCUGGCCGACAACCGGAUCACGGCGCUGCCGGAGAGCUUGGCCUCCAUGCGCAACCUGACCAAGCUGAACCUGAGCAACAACCGCAUGGCCCACAUCCCCACCUGCGUCUACAGCAUGAAGGGCCUGGUCUUCCUCCACCUGGCCUGCAACCGGCUUGAGGUCAUCGCCGACCAGAUCCAGGACCUGGUCAACCUGAAGAUCCUCAUCGUGGAGGGGAACAGCCUCCACUCGCUGCCAAAGACCCUGUGCUUCCUGGAGUCCUUGGAGCUCCUCAACGUGGACUUCAACGACCUGCAGAGCGUGCCCGGGGAGAUGUACCUGAUGAGCGGGCUGAGGAAGCUGGCCUGCCACCCACUUGAUAAGGGUCUGCACAUCAUCCACAACCCCCUGGUCAAGCCCAUUAAGGAAGUGCUGCAAGGAGGCCUCAGUGCCUUGUAUAACUACCUCAAACCCUCUUGAUGGGACCCAGGCAGCCAUGGGAACAUGUGUGUGUGGGCGGGAGUGUGUGGUGCUUGUGUGUGUGUGUGUUGUGGUAGUGUCUGUGAGUUUAUCAGUCUG